ACUCCUUUGUACGCCAGGAACCAGGCUCCAGCUGCUGCCUGUGAUCUCUCAAGGCCGUAUACCCUCUGAACUCUCGGUAUAUAACUCGACUUUGCAGUCCAAUCUACACCUCACUACACCAACCUCUUUUCUUCGACACUCCGUUCCAACCGCAUCAACUCCGAGCUGCUCACACCUCAAUCGGAACACAUUCAUCCAUCGAUUGACACACCAAUUGCAAAGACAACUUCAAGAAAUCCACCACACCUACACACAAUCCUCUCUAUCUCUCUCUCUCUCUCUCUUCUCUCUUCCAUCAAUCUCGACCUCCCUCACAACCACCAAAAUGGAAACCCGCCCAACAACCACCGCAAACCCCCCCAGCGUCGAAAUCGCCUACAAGCGCAAAUGCGCCGCGCUGAAGAAACGCCUCGCCGAAGUCGAAGCCGAAAAUGAGCUCAUGCGCACCCGCAACCUCCGCGGCUACCAAUACAUCCAGAAGAUGCGCCUGGAGUCAUGCAUGUUGCUGGAGCGUCUGGCCAAAGUCACCGGCAUGGCAGACGAGGCCGCCGCUGGUACGGCGGAUCCGGAACUGCGUGCCCGUGCUGCGGCUAUGAUGUCCAAUUCGGCGGUAUUGAAUGGGCUUGGUGGUUCUGGGGCUGCGUCGGGUGGGAAUGGGGCGUAUUUGGAGGAUGAGACUGAGGGGAGUUCCGAUGAGCAACCACCUACUCCCGAAGAACGCCCCCUUCGCGUCAAGCGCUCCCGCAAAUCAAACCUUCCCACCGAGGGCGGCGACGAAGAUACCCCCGCCCAAGAGGCCGGUGAGGGUGGAGAUGGGGAGGCCUCCCUACCGCGCCUGGCUCCAGCUCCGAGUCAACAGGAGCUCACCUCGUCGUUCCGCGUUAAGACCGACAGCAACGGGGUGCAGGAUGCCGAGACCCCUGCCGACGGGGAUAACCGGGAUGCCCAGUCGGAUGAACAGGCCGGCGAGACAGGCGCUGAUGAUGGGGCCACGCCUAUGGAUGUGGAUAGCAAGGAGCCCAAGGUUGAGCAGGGGUAGGGUCCUGGUCUCGAGGGGAAUCAAAAGGGGAUUGGUACUGCUUUUUUUUUCCUGGAUGGGCUUUGAUAUACUUAAAUGAUUGUGGUCUUUAUCCUUCUUUGUGGAUGACGGGCUAUGGUCCGCUCCGCUUUAUUAUUUGCUUGGGUUUUUUAUUUCUCAUAAAGCGCUGGUUAUGGGUUUAGUGCGGAUAUUUUAUGGCUUGCUUUUGAUUUUCUGGUGAUUCGUGGUUGGAAUAUGAUGAAACAAUAGCAAAAUCAUUAUCUGAGCUUGGUUACCUAAACUCCCCUGAAACACAUCUGACGUGAUCGAGAG